AUGACUGCGCGCGCGACGUCCAGCGACUUGUCCAAGGCUGCGCUGAGCAAAAACGAACAGGAUCAGACCUUUCGUGCCAGUCGCGUCUCAGGAUCACGGUCGAUCGAAGUCGCGCUGGCCGAAAUCGAUAUUAUCAAGCAUAAUGUAUACGUCCAGCGAAAAGAGCGCUCACUGCCUGAGGAUGAAGUGUCAAUCUGUGCGUGCAAAGUGCUUGAGGACGAGACGGAGAUGGGGUGUCUGGAUGACUGUUUGAAUCGCGCUGCUCUAGUAGAAUGUAUACCUGGAUUCUGCAAGAACGGCGAUCUGUGUGAUAAUAUGAGGAUACAGCGUGGUGUCAUGCCUUCGAUGCAACUGAUGGAGUGUGGAAACAACAAAGGACUGGGGCUGAAGUUGCUGGAAGAUAUUAAAGCCGGCUCGUUCGUAAGCGAGUAUAUGGGCGAGAUCGUGACGGAGCAAGAGUAUUACAUGCGACGAGUGCUUUACCAUAACGAGAAGCACCGAUACAUGAUGGUCUUGAGCGGUGGUGAAGUCAUCGAUGCUACUCGCAUGGGCGGGUGGGCGCGCUUCAUUAACCAUAGCUGUGAUCCGAAUUGCAGAGUCGAGAAAUGGGAUGUCAACGGCGAAGAGCGGUGUGCUAUUUUUGCUUUGCGGGAUAUCGUCGCUGGCGAGGAGCUGACGUUCGACUACAAGUUUGAAUCCUUUAGCAAAGCCGAGAUAACCGAGUGCUUGUGUGGGGCCGCUAAUUGCCGGAAGGUGAUUGGAAGGAACAACCGAGCAACAAGAAUGUGCAAGUCACACAGCAACAACCAGGCGGACGCGGCAGCGGCACCUGCUCUUCGAGGCCCGAAGUUGCUCGAUCCCGUCAUUGGAUUGAAAGCACGCACAGUUCAAGGUGCAAAGAAAGCAGAAGCUCUAAUGCAGCGAAUGGCACGGCAGCGUCUCCUGAGCAGCAGCGACGUUCGCGUGCUGCGUCGAUCGAACGUGAUGCUCGAGCGCAAUUUGACGCGGCACAUGGAAGCCGAGUUCGACCACUUGGCACUGAUGCCAUACUUUAUCACGAAACAGACUUCCACGGUGAAGCACACGCCGGAAUUAAAGCACGUGCCGGACUUUUUCAACUGGCGAGAGUUACCGAAUUUCCCGAAAAAGCCGCGUCAACUUCUGCAAGCCGCCAAAGUCGCUCGGUUGAGCAAAAUCGCAGAGUUAUUGCAAGCUCGCAAGAAACAGCCUCACCAAUCAUAG